ACCCUGCUCCAGCAGAUGACGUCGUCGCUCUGCGGGUCCUCCACCAGCGCCCAGAGCUUGGCCAGGAAGCCGGGCACCGCGGCGGCGCCGGGGCCGCCGGGCAGCGCCGACCCCUCCCGCAUGCUGGGGGCUGCGGCCGGGCCGGGCCGGGCGCUGCUGCUGCUGCUGCGGGCGGACCGGGCCGCGCCGGGCCGGGCGGAGCCCCCGGCGGCCGCCGUGACGCGCACCGCGAGGGGCGGGGCCUCGGGGCGCAGCGAGGCCGCCCAUUGGUGCGCGCCCCGUGGCCCCGCCCCUCCCCGCGCCGCGAGCGUGCCGCUUGUUGUGCUCCCGGGGGAGCCCCGUGCGCGGGGCCGGCGGCGUCACCGGGCGCCCUUAAAGGGGCCGCGUCCCGGUCCCGGUCCCGGUCCCGCAGGGCUGGUGCCGCCCCGGGGGGACGGGCGGGGCGGCCCCGGGGGCGCGGCGGGCGCUAGUCACCGCGGCCGGCCCCCGGAGGCGGCUCGUGUGCCCCCGGCCCCAGCCCCGCGGCCGCCGCCCCCCCGCGGCGAGGCGUCGCCCCGCUUUACGGCCCAGACUUUGUCCCCGGCGGCGCUCGGUGCGUGCCGGGCAGCUCGCGGUGCUGGGGAAUGGCUCCCAGCUGACGGCGCCGCGUCGGGACCCGCACCUGCCCCGCUCCAAAAAGCUUAUCCUCCAAAGUAUUCACUUCUGGCCACAAUGGAAUUGUUCUGGUUGUUGCUGUUUUGCAUCCAUUUGCCAACACCCACGUCUGCUGGAGGCAUCACCCGAGUCUAUUACCUGGGGAUCCGUGAGGUGGACUGGAACUAUGCUCCGACGGGAAAGAACAUGUUCAGUAAUCAAAGCAUUGCACAUAGCCUAAGGGCCUCAAUGUUCCUGCAGCCUGGCAAAGACAGGGUGGGAAGCACAUACAAGAAAUCUGUGUACAAGCAAUAUACAGAUGCCACCUACACCACUGAGAUUCCCAAACCUGGCUGGCUGGGGUUUCUUGGGCCCAUCAUCCGAGCAGAAGUGGGGGAUACCAUUAAAGUACACCUAAAAAACUUUGCUAGUCGGCCGUAUACAAUCCAUCCUCAUGGUGUCUUCUACGAAAAGGACCAUGAAGGAUCCCUGUAUCCUGAUAUGUCCCCCCAGGAUCAGAAGAAGGAUGAUGCUGUCCCCCCAGGAGGGAAUUACACCUAUACUUGGACUGUUCCUGAAGAUCACAGCCCAACUGCUGAUGAUCCAAACUGCUUGACCUGGAUCUACCACUCUCAUAUUGAUGCACCAAAGGAUAUUGCAUCUGGGUUAAUUGGGCCGCUACUUACAUGCAAAGAAGGAAUACUGACUGGCACUUCUCAAAGACGCCAGGAUGUGGAUGUUGAUUUCUUUCUGAUGUUCAGUGUGGUGGAUGAGAACCUAAGCUGGUACUUGGAUGAGAACAUUGCGUCAUUCUGCACAGAUCCGGGCUCUGUAGACAAAGAAGAUGAAGAGUUCCAAGAGAGCAACAAAAUGCACGCUAUUAAUGGCUUUGUGUUUGGGAAUCUCCCUAUGUUGACGAUGUGUGCUGGGGAUCACAUUUCAUGGCAUCUCUUUGGAAUGGGCAAUGAAAUCGAUGUUCAUACAGCCUACUUCCAUGGAGAAACACUCAACAUUCGAGGCCACAGGACAGAUGUGGCCAGCCUUUUCCCAGCCACUUUUGUUGCAGCAGACAUGAUCCCCAGUAACCCUGGGAGAUGGCUCCUGAGCUGUCAGCUCAAUGAUCACAUAGAAGCUGGGAUGGGGGCUUUCUACGAAGUCCGGCCCUGUUCUCAGCAAGCUCUGGAACCUGCCCUGAAGGGGAAAGUUCGGAAAUACUACAUAGCUGCAAAGGAAGUGCAGUGGGACUAUGGACCUUCAGGACAUGACCAAAGCAGCGGGAAACAGCUGAGUGAGGCAGGCAGCCCUGCUGAGAAGUUUUUCAAGCGUAGCCUCUACCGAAUUGGGGGAGUCUAUUGGAAGGCCAAGUAUGUGGAAUAUACUGAUGAGAGUUUCCGUGAGGAAAAGCAGCAGUCAGAAGAAGAAAAACACCUUGGCAUACUCGGUCCUGUGAUAAAAGCUGAAGUUGGUGACACCAUCCUGGUGACGUUUUUUAACAAAGCCUCCUGGCCGUUCAGCAUCCAGCCUCAUGGAGUGUCUUAUGGGAAGGCAUGGGAAGGGAUGCGGUACCAUGAUGGUCUGUCCCAGCACGGGAUUUCUGUUGCACCUCUACAGAACUUUACGUACAGAUGGACUGUGCCAAAGCAUGUUGGACCAACAUCCAGUGACCCUCCCUGCCUGACCUGGAUGUACAGCUCUGCUGUGGACCCUGUCAAAGACUCCAGUUCGGGCUUGGUAGGCCCUCUGGUCAUCUGCAAGCCAGGCACUUUGGAUGACAACAACAAACAGAAAGGUAUCGACAAAGAAUUUUACCUUCUCUUCAGUGUGUUUGAUGAGAACCUCAGCUGGUAUUUAAAUGCAAACAUAAAGUACUAUUUGAGGAUGGAAGAGACUUCUGUGAAAAAGGAUGAUGGCUUUGAGGAGUCAAACAGGAUGCAUGCCAUCAAUGGAUUUAUGUUUGGUAACUUGCCUGGGCUGGAUGUUUGUGAAGGAGACAAUGUGUCCUGGCACCUUCUGGGCUUGGGCAGUGAAGCAGAUGUACAUGGAGCUGUGUUUCAGGGAAAUACCCUGCAGAUGAAUGGGAUGCGGAAGGAUUCAACCAGCCUGUUCCCCCACACGUUUGCUACUGCCUUCAUGCAACCUGAUAACAAGGGGGUUUUCGAGAUCUACUGCCAGACGAGCAAUCACUACCAGGCUGGGAUGAGGGAACACUACUCCGUUUCCAAGUGUGGCAAGAGGGACCUGGCUCCUGCCCCUCCGUACAGGGGGGUGCGCACCUACUACAUCGCGGCGCAGGAGCUGGAGUGGGACUACGCGCCCGACAGGAGCUGGGAGAGGGAGCGGCACAGCCACUCCACGGAGAGCUACGCCGAUAUAUUUUUGAGCAACGAGAAUGGGCUGCUUGGCUCCCGGUACAAGAAAGCAGUUUACAGGGAGUACACUGAUGGGACUUUCAAGACUCCUAAGGCUAGGACGAAUGGUGACGAACACCUGGGGAUACUAGGUCCUUUUCUGGCGGCAGAAGUGGGAGAGAUUCUUAACGUUGUGUUCAAGAACAAUGCCACACGACCCUACUCCAUUCACGCACAUGGGGUGCUGGAAAGGCAGACAGGGCAGCCACAAGUAGCAAACCCUGGUGACAUAGUGACAUACCAAUGGGAAAUUCCUGAGAGGUCUGGUCCAGGCCCAAAUGAUUCAGCCUGUGUUCCUUGGAUCUACUACUCCACGGUGGACCCAGUAAAGGAUAUGUACAGUGGUCUGAUUGGACCCCUGAAGGUCUGCCGGAAAGGGGCACUGCAAACUGACGGGCUCAGAAAGGAUAUAAAGAGGGAGUUUGCUCUGCUGUUCCUGGUUUUUGAUGAAAAUCAGUCCUGGUACUUGGAAGAGAAUGUGCAACAUUACAGUAAGGGAAAUCACAAGGAUAUUAACCUACUGGAUGAAAGAUUUGUGGAAAGCAACAAAAUGCACGCGAUCAAUGGGAGGCUCUAUGCAAACUUGCCUGGGCUGACCAUGCUCCAAGGAGAGUGGGUGAACUGGUACCUGCUGGGAAUGGGUCAGGAGAUUGAUGUCCACACAGUCCAUUUUCAUGCUGAGACCUUCAUAUACAAGAAUGGCAAAAGCUACAGAGCAGAUGUCGUGGAUCUGUUCCCUGGGACCUUUGAAAUGGUGGAAAUGUUGGCUGGGAACCCUGGGACAUGGCUACUUCAUUGUCAUGUAUCUGAUCAUAUUCAUGCUGGCAUGGAGAUACUCUUCGAAGUCUUGCCUAAACCAGAGCCAGUGCUUCAAGUGCUAAACUACGAUGAAGUGACACCACCGGAGAAUGUGGAUGAGUCCCAGAAGGUCAGGCUUUUUGGAGCAAAGUUGCCUGUAGGGCAGGUAGAAGCUGCAGUCAUCUGUCUAGCUGUUGCAGGCUUGGUCCUCCUCCUGAUUGCUGCUGUCCUCCUGGGAGUUGUCAUCAACCUUGAGAGACAAAAGAAGCUAAGACGCAACAGGAGGUCUAUCCUGGAUGAUGGAUUCAAACUCAUGUCUCAAAAGAAUUCAGCGCUAUAAAAGCUUUGUACAAACUCCUGGCUGUGUGCUUGGAGCAGAGACUGGAUCAUCGUCUACAGCAAAGAUUUUGGGGCAUCAUUUCCAUUGUACACUAGGCUUCUAGGAGCUAAGGAGGGAAAGCUGGCGCCCUGGCCUCUUUAUCUUCCUCAUCACUCUGCUCUGUAAUGAAAAUAUCCGUCCAGGAGAGAACUGAGGACCCUUUCAAUCAGCUCAAGACAAGCAACAGGAGUAAAAAGGUUCUUCUAAAACACUUAUCCACAAGAAAGAGAGGAAAUAUUUCCCGUAUUUUCUUCACUCCAGAACAACUCCACUUGGUCUUUCUCAGCAGAAGAGCUUAGUCUAGAUUCCAGUAUUGCUCCUUUGCCAAAGAUGAGUCGGAUAUUGUCUCCCAACAGACCUGUGAGACUUUAAAUUAAUUAACCUGAAGGGGGAAAAUAAUCUGUGAUUUUUUUUGUGAAUCAAGUAAGAAUGCAGAAGAGAAAAUGUUAAUUUAGAGUUGAAUUGCUGGUUUUUGAUGAGUAAUUGGACAGAUGUAAAUUCAGAGCAGUGCACGUCAGUGUCUGCGAGCACUCCAGUGGGGAGCAUGACAACAGCUGUGCCUCACCAUCAGUCUCACUGAUGCAUCCUUGUGCUCUCAGUACCUUGGCGAUGGGUUCUGGUACCAGGUGUCCUGUGUCUUGUGCUGGGAGAUAAAGCUUCGCCAGUGCUGCAGAGCAUCGUGGUGACCUUCCUGUGUUGCAGUUCUGCCAGUGAAGUGCUGCACCUCAGCAUCUGUACAGCUCCUUGUGCAGCAGGAGCAAGAGUUCUGUGGUGUUCUGUGAUGUGGUUUGUUUUCUCAAAUACAUUUUACUGAAAUUAUCUAAGGAGUUCAGCUGUUGCCAAGUUAAUGCCAUGAGCCGAGCUAAAGUCUUGUGUGAUCUGCAGUUCGUGUUUGGGGCAGAAAAGUAGGAAUGCUUCCCCCAAAGGUGAAGGACAGCAGUGGCAUGCUGCUGCUGCUGGUCUCUGUGGGAGAGGGGCUGGGGGCUGGGGCUGGUGAGAGCCAGAGCGCUGCAGGGGGUGGCACAGCCCCCAGGAGCCCAGAGCUCCCCACUCAUCGUGUCCUCCAGCUGCAGCCGUGCCCACGCACCGCAGGCGUGCUACCCUGCACAUCAGGCACCAAGCAGUUCCUCGUGAAGUACCCAUCUGCCUGCCUCUCCCCCUGAAUCCCUGUCGUCUAAAUGGGUGCGGGUUGGUGCUUACAUAUUUCUGUCCCUGGUUUUAAAUUGGAAAGGGUAGAAAAGAAAUCCUUCCUGUGUGGCUUUCAAAGGCAAUUAAAGCAGAGCUAGCUAAAUGGCUCUAAUGACAAGAGACUGCUGUAGGCUCUUUAGGUGUAUCAGCUCUGUUUUAUUCAGAGCAAUGGUUAUAACGUGCUUAAUCAUGCUCAAUUCAUAUUGCAUCCCUGCGUAUUUCCAGCUGCUCUUUACUUUGGCAAAGGGGGAGAAAGCUCAUUAAUUUCCUUUCAUUACACUUCAUUAAGAAUGGUGAAGAGCUGGAGGGCUGUUGAAUGCUCUGAACAUGGGCACUCUGCUCAUUGUCAGCCCUGGUUCAGCUGCUGCUGCAGACCAGAGGUCUUCAAGCUCCCCACUCCUAGGCAAAUUUCAGAAGCUCACAGGUAAGAACUGGGCAGGAACCCUUUAUUGCCCCCCUGCCUUCCACCUCUAUCCCAUCUUGUGAAAAAAUAGAUAAAAUGUUCUCAGCCUACUCUGAGAUAAAGGAGUUGUUUUAAUGGCCGUUCACUUUCCUCAAGGAAAGCAGAAAAGAGCAAGUUCCCCUUUCCUCAGGCCUGCACCAGCGCCAGGCCACUAGGCUGGACAGCAGCAGGCCUGGGGGUCCCUGCUGGCUCUGAAGCCGGGAAGCGUGGGGACUGGGGCAGGAUGUCUGGACUUGCACGUGCGUCCUGAACAGGGGCCUGUCAGAGCUUCUCCAGUGAACAGGGGGCUUUGGGCCUCGUGGACCACGAGUGACGGAGGUCUCUUCUCCAGCCUUGGCCGGUAGGGCGGGCUUGAGCCCACACCCUAGAGGGGGCCUCAGCUGCGUGGCUCUUCUGAAGAGGACUGUGUCCUCUGACAAGCAAUUCCACCCCAGACUGAGAAAACUCAAGAGAAAGCUUGGACAAACACCAUCAUUUUGACAAAGCUUUUUGUUGAGGGACGGAGGGAGGAGAGGUCAGAACAAAACCUGAUGUGAUGAAGGACAGUUUAUAAGCAGCUUCACAACUGCCCCUGAUCGUAAGUUGGUUCUUCCAGCUGGUGGGAGGAUGAGGAGGAGGAGAGAUGUUUCACAGUUCUGGUGACUGUGAGCUGCAGCCCGUGAGCAAAUGUUUGUUUGGCAGCAAGCCUUCUAUCUGAGCACCCUACAGCAUCUUGUUUAUGCUUAUCCCUGAUGCCCAUAUGACUACCCAGGAGUCAUCUUCUCUAGAAGACAGCGUGGAGGGCAGGAACAGAGUCUCAGCACUGUUGUUCCAUGGAGAGACACUGGGAUGACAUUCCUCUUUUUCUCUACUUCUGCACAAGUUAACAAAACGUAACAUUUAAUGGGUUCUGAGCUCUUUAAGAAUAUGAGAGAAAUGCUCUCUGUGGUUUUGUCUUUCCUUCCAUGACUGUGCAGAGCAUGUGUAGGUGACUCCACAAAGUGUUCUGGGUGUGAAUGGUGGUUAAACCUGAAGGACCUGGCAUGUCCUGCAGGUGUGGCCUUCCUAAAAAUGGUGACAGAGUUGUAAGGCACCAUUGCCCUGCAAUAGUUCCCCUGCUGAGCUGAGGCAGUAAUAUUGGGGGCGCUCCCACUGCUUUUACCAGUGUAAAAUAAACUAGCUAAGGAAAACUGUUCUGUAGUGGUUUGACAUAAAUCACAGAAUGAUAGGAUGGUUGAGGUUGGAAGGGACCUCUGGGAAUCAUCUGGUCCAUCCCCUGCUUAAGUAGGGCCACCUAGAGUUGGUUGCCCAGGGCCAUGUCCAGGCAGGUGUUUAAUGCCUCCACGGAGGGAGACUACACACACAGAUUGAGAUAAUACACACGGAAAAGCAUUAGAAGUGCUCAUGUAAUCUGUUACCUUGUGAGCACAGAACGAAAUACUGUGCUUUAGGGAGCUUACUACAAACAGGCAGCAGCAACAACAACAAAAAUAAAAAAUAAAUAAAUAAACAAACAACCCCCCCAUCAUACCAUUUUGCCAAUAUGAGAACAGUGCAGUUCUAGCUUCGUGAAAGAGCUGGUCUCAAGUUUUGUAUGGGAUAAGCAUGAGAAGCAGUCGAUAUUGUAUUCACUAACUAGUGCUUUUUGUCUGCAGCUCUAAUAUUACCCUUCCUAGGGUAAUAUUCCUAGGCCCCAGUUAGGCUUGAUAAACUUUUCAGACAUUUACGUGUAUGACCACUCACCUGUUAAAGUCACUGACCCCCUUCCAGGCAGUCUUAGGUGACUGCAAAGCAGAGUUACUCAUUUACAUGGCAGCUGCUGGAUGUUUGCAGGAGGGCUGAAAUGAAAAGCCCUGUGUUAGUGCUGUCAUCUUGCUCAGUAAGAGGCAUAAUCAACCCUAUGGUACUUUAGUGGGAGGACAAUUAUUGCCGUGUUCCACAUCAGUGCCAGGGCCGGUGUUCCAGCUGACUUUCCUUUAUACUCCCACUUACACUACAAACAUGAGAGAUAUGCAAGUCAAAGAGCAGAAUACCUUUGGGAUUUGCAAAUGGAAAUAUUAAGUGCUGUCUUGAUUUUUUUUUUUCUCAAAACACAGAAGUCAAUGUCAAAUUAACCUGUGACACACCGUAAAAAAUAAGACUAACGGUGGUAAUUGUCUGAGAAAUAUUUGAGUGUCUUUCAGUUGUAAUGCAGUCUUUGGUUCUGAAAUAAAUAACAUGUGGCUUAACAUGCUGUUGCUUUGUAAUAUAUAAUCAUCAUGUGGACUGUUUGCAGUGGUUAUAAUUUUGUUGGCACAGCAAAUUAUAGGAGCAAUUGUGAGCCUAGAGCUAUGUGCGUAUAUAAAGCCUGGGGGAAGGAAUUCAAGCACAGUAGCUGCCAAAAGAAAGCGAUCUGCAAGAUUAUGAUCAGAGGAUGGAUCUGAGUAAAGGUAAAAGCUGGCCUUCAGCUUAUUCCUAUUCAAUCUUAUAACUGCCAGCAGAGGAUUUAACAAAACUAUCUUCAAAUUGCAUUUUUAGUGUCAUCUUCUCUUGUAACCACUUCUUAAAUCUUCCCUUGUGCUUGUCUAUUGCUCAGUGGGAAGUUCAAGAGCUGUAGUUACCUGUCCAUGCAAAUCCAGAGGAGGAAGAGUUCUAGAAUAGCAAUGCAUUUGGAUCAAAGACAGCACCUCCAGGAAAGCUUAGCUUGAAAAAGAAAAUUCAGCAGCAAGGGAGGAUGGCAGCUAGGAUUGUUGGUUGAAAAGCAGAAGUAGAAGAAAGUGUUGACCAAAACCAUCGUGAUGGUGCCUUUCUUCUUUCAGCUGGUGCUCCCUUGAGUUUUUCUGGGCUCUACAAUGUCCUCUUGGGGGACACCUGGCGAAUGAUGGUCUUGAUGACGUGCAGCACCCAUUGGCCUGGGGCGUGGGGGUUGCGGUCAGCCUGAGUGGGUGCAGCAGGCGCAGAGCUGCUGGAGGAGUGGGGCAAGGAGCUGCUGUGCUGCCCACCUCUCCUGCUGGCAGCCCUUCCAAGCUCUUCAGCUUCUCUGGAAAAGAGUUUCAGACCUCUCAGAAAUGUUCAGUACCGUAAGUGUAGUCCUGGAUGUCAUCUUGGACACAGCCAUGUGUGCAUGGGGCUUGCCAAGGUUUGUGUCACUGAUUGUGAUGACUUGCACAGCUUUUGUUUUGGGAAGCAUUCUGUACUCUAUUGGCAUAGAAUUAAAACUCGAUGCCUAAAGGAAUAUUAAUUUCUUUAGUUUUUCAGAUAAUGUAAUGUUGUAUCUUUUCAUUUUGUAGCGUGUGACCAUUAAAAAUAAACUGACCUGAACUGUG